AUGACCAGAAGAAGCAGGGAAUGGUGGAAAUGCGCCAGAGUUCCCGCAACGAGGGAAGGAAGCAGGGAUUUUCUUCUACAGUUGAUCGUCGCCCUCCGCUCGUAGUGUGCUCGGCUAUCGAGCGGCAGCGUCACUUCUUUGCUCUCGAUUUUAUCUCAGGUGGUGUUGCUGCUGCAGUGUCCAAGAGUGCCGCCGCGCCUCUCGAGCGAGUGAAGCUGUUGAUCCAGAACCAAAGCGAGCUUCUCAAGAGCGGCCGCCUUACUCAACCAUACAAAGGAGUGGGAGACUGCUUGCACCGCGUUGUUAGAGAAGAAGGCGUGUUGGCCUUGUGGAGAGGAAACCUCACCAAUGUCAUACGCUACCUUCCAACACAGGCUUUCAACUUUGCUUUCAAGGAUUACAUCAAGGAUCUCUUCGGCCUGAGCAGAGAACGCGAUGGCCACUGCAAAUGGAUAAUUGGAAACAUGGCGGCUGGAGGAGCAGCUGGUGUGAUAUCCUCCAUGCUUGUCUACUCGCUCGAUUUUGCACGUACCAGGCUCGCAAACGACACCAUACAAUUGGAGAAGACCGGUGCUCGCCAGUACCAAGGUCUUACCGAUGUAUACAAGAAAACUCUGGCAACCGAUGGUGUUUUUGGUUUGUACAGAGGCUUCAGCGCUUCCAUAGUUGGCAUCGUUCUAUACCGCAGCCUCUACUUCGGCAUCUAUGAUUCGGUGAAGCCGUUUGUUCUGGUGGGAUCACUCCAGGGAAGCUUUGCUGCUAGUUUCGCUGUUGGAUGGGUAGUGACAACUUUCUCCAGUCUCACUGUCUAUCCGUUCGAUACCGUGCGGCGCAGGAUGAUGAUGACUUCGGGCGAAGCUGUGAAGUACCGUGGCGCCAUCGAUGCUUUCAGGCUUAUUUGGAAGAACGAAGGUCCCCGGAAUUCGAUCAAAGGGAGAAUGAAAAGAGGGAGUUGGGGUGGAUCUGAGUCAUCUACUGAGCACAUUUAA